AUGAGUGAAGAAAGCUAUGAAGAAAGACAAAAUAAUGAGCUAGUCGCCUUGCAGGCUAUUUAUGGAGAUGCUGUAGUAGAUUUUCGCAAGAAAGCUGUAUGGAAUGAGUGGCGUCCCUCAGAUUUAUUAUUAACUUUGUUACCGCUGCACAAUUCUGAAGGUGUACACUGUUCUGUUACACUACAGUUCAAAUGUUGCCACAACUAUCCUGAUAAGCCACCAACAAUAACAAUUCAUAAAAUGUUUGGUCUGUCUGAUGAGAAUGCUGCUAAAUUACUAUCUAAUUUAAAGAGUUUGGCUUCUGAACUCUGUGGUGAAGUUAUGAUUUUCCAAUUAGCGCAACAGACUCAGCAAUUUCUACACGAUCAUAACAAACCGACUCUGUCUUUUUAUGAUGAAAUGUUGAAACAAAAAACAGAAAUGGAAAAGUUAAAGCAACAUGAUAUACAACUUAAAGAAAACGAAGAGAGGAAAAAAAUGAAAGAUGAAAUUCAAAGGCGUCAAGAAACAUUAAAGAGUUCAGAAAAACGGGUCCACCGUUCCAGUCUGAGCCAAGAGCAACCAGAACCUGAUGGGCAUGGAGAUGCUCCUAAGUUACUAUAUUAUGCUGAUGAAAGAAUGUCGCCGGCAAAAAAGGUGACGCGCGCCCGUACUGGGAACAUUCCAUGCACGUGCAAUAGUCGCGGUGCGCAAGUAUUAAGGUAUACCCAACGGAAUAAUAAGAAAGUGUAUAUAGGAAACUGUUUAGGCCACUCUUCAAACGGCUCCACGACUUAUCUCGCAAUCGACGACGACGGUCAGCAAGUAAUCGCAAAGAAGUGGUGUCUCUCCCCUGCCUCGGAUUUCCAAACGAGAAAUAAACAACUCAACUCGAUCCAACUAGAACUCAAAGCUAUGUGCCGCUUGAAACAUCAAUCUCUUAUUCCCUACAUCGCCAUGGAAAUGUUGACCGAAUCGAAACGAUCGCCACGCCAAUAUGUAUACAUCUUUCGGAACUUUGUUCUCGGCAGCUCGUUGAAAUACUUGCAAGAUAAGAGUUCGUUUGGCGAUUUGUUUGAAGUUUUGAAGCUUGUGCGUCAUAUUGCAUUGGGAGUGUUUAGCGCGUUGAAGGAAUUGCACAGUAUUAACGUGUUACACCGGGAUGUGAGGUGUGAGAAUGUGUUCUUGGAGGAUAGUGGAACGGUCAAACUGGUUGGUGCUAGCUUGGAUAUUCGGUUAACUGAAAUUCAUGAUGGAGAUAGUUUUGGUGAGAGACACACCAAAGCUCAAGACAUUUAUGCUGCAGCUCAAUUACUGCUAUCAAUAGUUUCACCGGAAGCAAUACAAGAGAUACCACCUGACUUUCCCGGUUCUGCUAAGGACUUCUUCUCAAGAUGUUUGACAGAGGAUGAGCAUUCUCAGUGGCCGGCCGAACAGCUGGUGCAGCACGGAUUUCUUGUUGAUGCACCUGUCAAGUUGCCCAACAGCAAAGAGAAUAAUAAAGCAAAUAGUGAAUCUGAGGAUGAAGAUGGUGCUAAUAAAAUUAAUAAUAUAAGUACUCUAGCUAAUGGCCAUUCGAGAUUAAAUGCAGAGUUUGAAGUUCUGACAUGGCUCGGCAAAGGUGCUUUUGGAGAUGUACUGAAGGUGAAAAAUAAACUCGACGGUGGCUUCUACGCUAUCAAGCAUGUCAAAUUGAAUCCAAAAAGUGUUGAAUUGAACAAAAAGAUUACUCGCGAAGUGAAAUUAUUGUCGCGGCUAAAUCAUGAAAAUGUCGUCAGAUAUUAUAAUGCCUGGAUCGAGACUAUCAUGGACACAGAAGUGGAAGAAACGACUGUUGCGAGGACCCCUGUUAGGAGGAAAGGGGAUAGUCUUGCUGAUGUUGUAGCUAAACUAGGUCAGGAGGUCAAAAUAAACUGGUCAAUGUCGGAUGGUCCAGUACAGGCUAGGGAUAGCGAGUCAUCGGACACUGAAGAGGAAUCUGAUGACGACGAUGAACCAGAUCUCUGGUUCAAUAUUAUGAACCCGGACGAGGAUUCAAGCAGCGUGAUAGAAUUCGAAGGUGACUCCCAAAACCAGUCUCUCACUCUGCCGUCUGAGGAAACCACGAUUGCAGUGGAACCACGUCUUCAACAAGUGCUCUAUAUUCAAAUGGAGUUUUGCGAGAAGAAUACUCUUCGUCAAGCGAUAGACAAUUCACUGCAUAGGGAACAUUUCAGGGCUUGGAGACUUUUUAGAGAGAUUUUAGAAGGCCUAGCCCACGUUCACCAAAAGGGCAUGAUACACCGAGACUUAAAACCUGUCAAUAUUUUUCUGGAUUCCAAUGACCACGUCAAAAUUGGUGAUUUCGGUCUCGCAACGAAAGUUUUCACUACUUUGCCUGUUGAUGAUAGGGUGCAGGAGAGUAAAGAUAAUGAUGGUCUUCUAACGGGAAAGGUAGGCACAACACUAUACGUGGCGCCAGAACUUCAGCAAUCUGCCGCAAAAGUGAUAUAUAACCAGAAAGUGGAUAUCUACUCGCUGGGUAUAAUACUUUUCGAGAUGUUUAACUCGCCCUUCGAAACGGGCACGGAGCGAUUCGCAGUGCUUACAAAUUUAAGGAAGAAAGAUAUUGUCAUGCCGAAGGAAUUUGUUCGAGAAGAGAAUGCAAAACAGAUUCACGUUAUAAGGUGGUUAUUGCAUCACGACCCAGCCUCUAGACCUACUAGCGCAGAACUAUUAGCAAGUGAACACGUACCAAGGACGGUCCCCGAAGGCGCGUUAUCUGGUCUUCUUUCUCAUACUCUAUCAGAAAGGGGUUCUAGGGCGUAUCAAAGACUUAUCUCUGCCUGUUUGGAUCAAAAACCAUCACCAGCAGAGGAUUUCACCUACCACAGUGGCGUAAAACACAAGCCAAUGGAUGUGAUAGCGGCGAUAAAAGAUGUUAUUACUAAGGUGUUUCGUAGUCACGGCGCUACAGAAUUCUCGCCACCGUUGUUGAUACCGCGAGCAAAUAGAUGGGACCAAUAUCCGAAUUCUGUGAAAGUAAUGACUUUAUCUGGCUCCGUUUGCCAUCUGCCGCACGAUUUAAGGUUGCCCUUUGCUAGACAUAUAGCCUAUUCGGGAAUAAAAUAUGUGCGCCGUUACGUAAUGGACCGGGUAUACAGAGAAACGGAACGGACUUUAAAAGGCUUUCAUCCUAGGGAGAUUAUUGAGUGUGCUUUUGACAUGGUCACACCAAGUAAUGAUACACUUUGGCCUGACGCAGAACUUCUAGUAGUCGCAUGUCGGGCAGCGACGGAAAGUUCCCUCAAAGUCACCAUACAGUUGAACCACACGGAUCUGUUGAAAACGCUGCUGUUAUCCUGUGGGGUGCCUCUGGACAAACAUGCACUGAUCUACCCUGUUCUUGUGGAUGUAAGCUUGGGUCGCAUAACAAGCCUCCAGCUUCAAACUCAUUUGGCUACCCUCUGCGUGACCAACCGAGACAUUACCAACCUCCUCCGGCUCAUGGAGGCUGAUGUAGAAGUGAAGCAGGUCAGAGAUCUAAUAGCCCAAGUCAGGAGUGACAAGUGGAGUGAGACCCUGGAGAGAGCAGUUGUAGAGUUAGAAACUGUUUGCAGUUAUGCUGCUGUUCUGGGUUGUGAGUGUCAAAUAACAGUGGCCCCGUUCCUCGCGUACAAUGCGACUCAACACCGCGGCGUUUUCUGGCAAAUGUCGGUGUUGAGACAGCAUCAUUUGCGGCCCUCGGCGAAGCAUCGAUCCAAAGACCUAAUAGCAGCGGGUGGAAGGUAUGAUAACCUCGUAGAGGAGUUUUGGAAGGUGGCUCGGGCUGAAAAAGACCACGAGGAUUCAGAACUGCAAUGCAGUUCUGUCGGUUUUUCAAUGGCAAUAGAGAGGAUGGCCGCCAUAUUGAAGAGUUUGGAUAUAGAUGUUUCUACUACAAAAUCAAAUGAGCGUGAGUUAGUGUGCGUGUGUCUAUCGGGUGCUCACGCACGGGAAGGGAUAGACUCAAAUCGAGGCAGACUCGCUCGACAACUCUGGGCUCAUGGCUAUAGUGCAGUCUGUUGGCCCUGCAGUGCGAGCGAAUCCCAUGACCUCACUAGGGCCUCUAUAGUCCUGGUGCCAGUGGACAACUAUGUGCUUGUGUCGUAUUGGGAGGGGACAAGGGUGCGAGAGUACAAAGUGCCGUUUGCGGAUGUGGUCGACUUUGUUAAACAAAAAUUAAGUCCCGAUACAGCAGUCCGAAACCCUGAUUACGGUAACCGAUCAAUAAGUUGGUGUGAGAGUGACAAAUCUAGCGGACCCUGUAUUUCGGUUACAUUUGUCAAAGCUUCAAACAGAAUAACCAAGAACUGUAAACGACACUGUGAAGCGCAGAUUAACAACCAGAUAACGUCUAUGCUCGUGCAUCUGGGCUUACAAAAUUCACUUGGGCGCGUAAAAGUCAGCGUUAUAGCGAUGGCGUGCGAAGCGGCCUGUGUCCGCCAGUUGUGCGCUCACCUGUCGGCGCCUCUUCAUCCGCACUAUUUGCCUCACGUUUUCAGACAAGUUUCUGACGAUUUCGCGAAACGUCAAAAUAUCUUAGAAGAAGCGCUUCAGGAGUUGACGAAUCUUGUGAAACAGAGUAACCAGAGUCGUUCGCCAGAGGAAACACAACUCUACGCUCUGUAUUCUAUACCAGAUUCAUUGUGUAGAAUAAUUACUUGA